UGUCGCUUCCUUGCUUUAUUCUGAAAAACCUGCGCCAUCUAAUCUGGAAUCAAUAGAAAAGUGUUUUCACUUCUCCACAAACAAUGAGCACAAAUUUACUCGUCUUGUGGUUGUUGUGAUUAAAUUGAGAUGGAACCUUUGUUUUUUUAUUUAAACAUCUGAUCUUUGUUGUCUGUCAAAAUAAAUACUCUUCCAUCCUUCAGAAUAAAGUGAAUACUCCGUCCUGUGGGCUGAUGAUGCGUUACCAUGACUACGGGUGUCUCCACAUUUUCCAGCCUUCCUUGUGGUUGGUGGGAUUAGAAGAUGAGGCUUUGCGGACUUUGACCUCUAAAAUGAUGCCGUAAAGUGACCUUUGAGCCGAGAAUCCUCUCCUCGGCAGAAGCAUCUGCAGAGGAACUUCCUGCAGGAGGACUCUGGUCCAAGCUGGAGGAAGUGACCCCCCCUCAUUGUGUGUGAGUGUCAGAGAUGCUGCGGGAACCUCGCCUCCUCAUUGGCUGAGAUCAACAGGCACUCGGCUCCUGAUUGGUCCGCACAGGUCUCUGACGGUCUUUAAAUGAAAGGCACCGCAGCGGCGAGCCGUCAGUGACCGGAGGAGAGCGCGCGCACAGCCGACCCUUACCCCCCAGAGAAGAAGAAGAAGCCCCCCCCCCCCACUCCGGAUCAUGCUGGCCGCGUGCCUGGAGCCGCUGGGCCUCGCGCUGGGCCUCGCGGGCUCCCUGCUGGUGAUGGUCGCGUGCGCGCUGCCCACCUGGAAGGUGACGGCGUUCGUGGACUCUAACAUCGUGGUGGCGCAGAGCACGUGGGACGGGCUGUGGAUGUCGUGCGUGGUGCAGAGCACGGGCCAGAUGCAGUGCAAGGUGCACGACUCCGUGCUGGCGCUCGCGCGGGACCUGCAGACGGCGCGCGCGCUCACAGUGGCGUCCGCCGUGCUCGGCGUGGCGGCGCUCGCGGUGACGGUGGCGGGCGCGCAGUGCACCACGUGCAUCAGCCACGAGCAGCUGAAGGCGCGCGUGGUGAACGCCGGCGGCGUGCUCUACAUCGUGAGCGCGCUCUGCGUGCUCGUGCCCCUGUGCUGGAUGGCCAACAACAUCAUCGUGGACUUCCACGACCCGCACGUGCCGCCCUCCAAGAAGCGCGAGAUCGGCGCGGCCAUCUACAUCGGGUGGGCCGCGUGCGCGCUGCUGCUGCUUGGCGGCACGCUGCUGUGCUGCACGUUCUCGCGCGGCGCGCGGGGCGCGUACCCCGUCGUGUACGCGCCCACCAAGAGCCUGGCGUCCAGCGGGGACUUCGACAAGAAGCAUUACGUCUGAACGCUGCUUCCCGCCUGUUUGUCUUCAUGUCUUUGGGGGUUUACAUGUGCGCGUGCACUGGCGCGUCCACGACUGAACUCCAGUCCUCUGAUUGGUUGUAAAUACGCUGUAUUAUUAUUUUGUAAGGCCUGUUGGGAGGGACUACAGGCCACUACAUGCACUGCUUUUUUCUACUUCCUGUCAAUUUUUUUUAUACAUUUUGAAUAAAAACA